AUGUUCACUAUCUAUCUAUCUAUCUAUCUAUCUAUCUAUCUAUCUAUCUAUUUUAUUAUGUUUAUCUAUCUAUCUAUCUAUCUAUCUAUCUAUCUAUCUAUCUAUCUAUCUAUCUAUCUUAGUAUGUUCAUUAUCUAUCUAUCUAUCUAUCUAUCUAUCUAUCUAUCUAUCCCACUUUCUUCUUUUUACUUUGGGCCGAGCUUUUUCUCUUCUUGUUUCAGAGGCUUAUCUAUCUAUCUAUCUAUCUAUCUAUCUAUCUAUAUUGUAGAGACUGCUUAUCUAUCUAUCUAUCUAUCUAUCUAUCUAUCUAUCUAUCUAUCUAUUAUAUUAAUCUAUCUAUCUAUUAUAGUUGAGAGGCGCGUUUGUUCAUCUAUCUAUCUAUCUAUCUAUCUAUCUAUCUAUCUAUCUAUCUAUCUAUGGCCGGCGCAAGGAGGCGCCAGCCAUAUAUCUAUCUAUUAUAGUGUAGAAACUGCCUAUCUAUCUAUCUAUCUAUCUAUCUAUCUAUCUAUCUAUCUAUCUAUCUAUUAUAUUCGUUAUGUCAAUGAUAACCGAAUUUUUUCAUUCAACACGAGUUAUGUUAAUGUUCGUCGAAAAGAAGCAGAAAUGGCAAAACUUCGAGAAGAUUAUCUAUCUAUCUAUCUAUCUAUCUAUCUAUCUAUCUAUCUAUCUAUCUAUUAUAGACUAGAGACACGUCUUCAUCUAUCUAUCUAUCUAUCUAUCUAUCUAUCUAUCUAUUAUAGAUUAGAGACACGUCUUCAUCUAUGUAUCUAUCUAUCUAUCUAUCUAUCUAUCUAUCUAUCUAUCUAUCUAUCUAUCUGUUAUUAUAGACUAGAGACGUCUUCAUCUAUCUAUCUAUCUAUCUAUCUAUUUAUCUAUAGACUAGAGACGUCUUCAUCUAUCUAUCUAUCUAUCUAUCUAUCUAUCUAUCUAUCUAUCUAUCUAUUUCAGAAGAGAAGCACGUUUCUAUAUCUACCUAUCUAUUAUAGUAAAUUUAUAAACCUGUGUGAAAUUCACAAUAUCGAAUUUUUCAUCAACGCAGGGACGUUGUUAGGAAUUUACCGCCACCACGGAUUUAUUCCUUGGGAUGAUGACCUCGACAUUUUCGUCAAUUUUAUUCACCGAAGGAAGCUGCUGUGUGUGCUGCAGAACGCCGGUCCAGAUUUUGGCAUGGUUUACAACCAUUAUUUCCAAUGGAAAUUCUUUUACAGAGAUGUGCCGAUGCUUUUCAACGCUCGUCACCGUUGGCCAUUUGUCGACAUAUUUUUCUACAUUGUUGAAGGCGAGUCCUUGUCGGAAAUCACCAAUGGUUACCGAAUGACGACGUACGACACUCGUGAUAUCUUUCCGCUGAAGACGCAUUUGUUUGAGAAUGGAAACGUACCUGUACCAUGUAACAUUAACGCUACCCUUCACAAAUACGGAAUCACACAGACAGACCUGUGCAUGGAUGGAGGAUAUAUCCAUCGGCUGGAGAAACCGAAAAAUUUCUCGACAACCACUGUGCAAUGCAAAGAACUUUACAACGAACAUGCGUUCGUUUUCCGUCGAACUCAUGUCGGCAACAAUUCCAUUGAAGAGCGACUUUGGAAAGGCGACACGUACUUACAUACUUACUACACUUCGGUCCCUUGUUCGUAA